AUGGGCCUGAUUUUCAUUCGUGGACAACUGUUCGAGAAGCAUAUCGAGAAUUUGGGCAAAACGAAUCAUGGAGAAAAUUCAGGCACUUUUGAAUGUGUACAAAUGAUACGGCAACAGGCUGAUGCUCCCAAGUGCAGGAAAAGCAUUACAAGGCAAGGAAUAAGCGAUGACGGUAAGCUACUGUACAGUAAUGGAUACUUGAUUUUCGCUUAUAAGACAAUGGAGGAUAUGUGCACAAAGGAUUUCGCAGCCAGUUGGAAAACGUGGACCGGAGCAAGGCAACUGUGCCAAUUGCUCCCUGAUAAGUAUACCGUGAAACGACUCUCAUUCUUCAAAAAAGUCCACGGUUCGACACAGUUCGCAUACUUAUUGAUUGCUCAAAUAGCAGACCUUAUGAUGGACUGCGCACCGGCUCUGAACGUGUUAAAUUGUUUGAAGCCCAAGAUAUGUGCAUUCGUGGGAGCCUAUAGAAUUGUAACGUUUAAGGUGGACGCUGUUCUUUGCAAUGCUCUCGGUCUUUCUGAAGAUCAACAUUUAUACAUGUAUACAAGCUCGUUGAAAGUUAACUACAGUAAUCAUACAGCAUUUGCCAGCUAUCCGGGUUAUAACGAAUUUCGAAGUGAGGACGAGAAAAAGCAGGUGACAAAACCGGACAGUACGGAGCCCGAGUCAAAUCGAAAGUCCUCUGAGACGCAGACUGAUCCUGUAGAGCGGCCGACAGCACGAAGGACAUUACCAAGAACGAUUUCGAUCUACGACUUUCCGUCCAUGAAAAAUUCGUCGACCAUUACUCACAAGGAAACACCAGACAUGUAUGAACCAGAACCAGGAACUUCUACAGAACUACAGAAAGCUGCUGAGAAAUCGCGUCUGCUCGACACAUGCGAUUAUAUGAUGGAUAAAAAAGCGUCGCCGAUACCAGUAGCGCUUGUGCAUCCCCUACCAUCUUCUCCUACAGGAGUGUGGGUAAGAAAGAAACCGCCAAGAAAAGUUGGUUGUGUGAUGUUCGAGAACAAGUUCCCCUUCCCGACGAAGGAGCCAGAAGUCCCAGAAAAAAGCCCUGAGUUCGACCGAAGGGAUGCUAUCGAACGACUAAUCGUGGAUCUGGUGACCGACCCAAAGGAUGACGACAAAUCUGUGAAGGAGGUGAUAAAGUCACCACGACGAGCUCAUUCGGAAUCUCGAACGAACGUGGAGCGACGGAAAUUGAACGUCCCAGAUGAUGAUAGCCUAUUGCAACGUCUCAAGCUAAACUACUUCAACUCACCCGACUAUACCAGUGCCGAGUUACGGGAAAUUAAUUCUGACUGA